AUGAGUAAUAUCGAUCAACAAAUUCAAGAAAUUACUUCUGAUGUAGAUGAAAUCAAACAAUUCAUUAGUCAAGCAAAUCGUUCUCGAGUAAAACAAUUUCUUGAAGUUCAACAACGUCGAUUUGAAACUGAAUUAAUAACACUUAGAGAAAAAAAGGAACAAACUAAUGCAACAACCACAACAGAAAAAAAGCCAAGUACUACUGCAUCAUCAACAACAACUACAGCAACUCGAUCCUAUACAAAAGAAAUAUCACUUUAUGCUUGGGAUCAAUCUGAUAAAUUUGUGAAAAUGUAUAUUCAAAAUUUGGAUGGUGUAGGUGAUUUACCUUCGGAACAAAUUCGUUGUUCAUUUGAAAAUCGAGGAUUUUCAUUAGAAAUUAAUAAUUUAAAAAAUAUUAAUUAUGUGUUCAAACGAGGACGACUUUUGAAUGAAAUAAAACCUGAACAAUCAUCAUUUAAAGUUAAAAAAGAUAUGAUCAUUCUAUCCUUAGCUAAAACAGAGUCAAAAAAUUGGGAAUGUGUAUUUCGUGAAGAAACGAAAGCUCCUGAAAAACCAUUACCAAAAAUGGAUGAAGGCAAAGACCCAGGUGAUUCAUUAAUGCAACUUAUGAAGAAUAUGUAUGAAACUGGUGAUGAUGAAAUGAAACGUACUAUUGCUAAAGCUUGGACUGAAUCACGUGAAAAAAUGAAUACUGGUGGUGGCGGUGGCGGUGAUGAUUUAGGAAUGCCAGGAUUUUAA